GGGACAGAAAAUUUGCGCUAGAAAGGGGGCAUCCACUAUCCAGUUAUAAUAUAGAUCAGUGCCCUAAACCUUCAUAAUCGAGUGUUUCAUGAUUUGAGUGUAUUGUUUCAUAAGGGGAGCGACGAAUCGACGAUUUUAACUUGCAGAUUCGUGCAUGGUUUACAGGCCAAAAUACACGAUCCUGUGAAUGUUCAUAACAAACGGAGAGUGAGAGGCUCUCUCCUUCAGUAUUACCCUAAAUAUUUAUUUAAAUAGCGCCAAUGCGAUAUUCAGUGGAUAUAAUUAAAUAUAUAUAUAUUGAUUGUGAGUACGGACAGACUUCCUUCAAUUAAUUGAAUCAAACUUGAACAUAAUGUCCUUUAUGCAAAAAUAUCGUACAUGGGUGACAGAACAUGCGAGGCAGGUGAAUAAUGCUCAAAAGAAACUACUCCUGAAUGACAUACUACUAUUUGUUAUUAUGCGUGAAUUAUCGCGGAUGAAUUCAGAGGAAAAAAAGAAACGGUCCUACAUAAAAAAGCGUUUCUGGGCGCAUCCUAUAUUUAGAUUAAGAAAUAAGUAUGGGUUUUAUAAUGCGAUCUGUCCAACUCUGUCAAGAUAUGAACUUGAGUAUAAAAAUUACAUGCGGAUGUCAUUAUCGCAAUUUGAGGACUUGUUGGCUUUGGUUGCACCUUAUAUCACAAAACGAACUAUGACUCGAGAUCCCAUACCUGCUGCAGCACGGUUAUCCAUGACAUUAAAAUACUUGGCUAUUGGUGAUUCAACGAACUCUAUGUCAUACCAGUAUCUUGUUGAAACUACAACAGUGUCAAACAUUAUUGCUGAGACAUGUGCGGCAUUGUGGGAUUGCCUUGCAAAAGAAGUGCUUCCUUUUCCAUUAAGUAAGGAGGAUUGGCUCAGCAUCGCACAAAAUUUUGAAGAUCGGUGGGAUUUUAAUCAUUGUAUUGGCGCAAUUGAUGGAAAACACGUUGCUAUUCAGAACCAUCAUAGCAUUGUACUCCUCGGGAUAUGUGAUGCCAACUAUAUGUUUACAUUUGUCGAUAUCGGUGCUUAUGGCCGGCGUAAUGAUGGCGGAAUUUUUCGAGAUUCUAUCGUGGGCCAGAAAUUUUUUAAUAAAGAAAUGAGACUGCCAGAACCUGAGAAACUCACAAUUGAUGGUGAUCCUAUGCCAUAUGUUCUUGUUGCCGACGAGGCAUUCCAGCUAUCUGAUUUUUUGUUACGACCAUAUCCAAGAAAAGGAGGACUUGAUCACGAAAAAACCAUUUAUAAUUAUCGUCUCAGUCGUGCUCGUAGAACAAUCGACAAUACGUUUGGAGUUCUUGUGAGCCAAUGGAGAAUAUUGAGAAAGCCUAUAGAUGCUACUGCAAAAAACACAAUGCAAAUUGUUCGAGCCAUCAUUUGCAUUCAUAAUUGGCUUCGAAAACAAGAUUUAGACAAAAAUGAAUAUAUUUCUGCGGAUAUGGUUGAUUGCGAUGAACCUAAUGGUUUUAUUCCUGGAAGUUGGAGAAAGGAAAUGGAUAGCAGUCAUGCCUUGACAGAUCUUGGUAAUUGUGGCACUAACAAUUCUUCUCGAGCUGCUAUAAAUAUCAGAAAUGAAUUUUGUGAUUAUUUUAACGGUGAGGGUGCUAUACCCUGGCAGUAUUUUCGACGGCAGUAAUAAAAAAUUUUUUAUUACACGUGUAUUGUCACAUAAUUUACGCAAAUAACCCACAUUUUAAAGGAAAAAAAUAAAAAGAUA